AUCAAAACAAAAACCUUUAACUCCCGGCGCGCUGCUAAAAAUGAGAAAUUAUUAACAGUUUUGGCCAGUUUUAUGCGUCUUAAGAAUAAACUCAACGCUCGUCGUUUCGCUGAGCCUCGGAGAAACUACCAACCGUGCGGUAUCAGGAAGAACCGGUCUGUUGUUUUAGGCGACUUCCGGUCGUAACAUUGCGUAACGUGUAAAAUUAGUGAACUGCUCUACGAAUUACCGAUAUUCGACACUAAGUAAAUCCUCGGCCGGUCCACCGAACGAUGAACGAUAUACGAGCGCUCAAGGAACAGCAGCGUGAUAAGCAUCCCGGGUUCGACUCGUACCUCGAGUGUAUGACCCGCUCACUGUUUACGGGGCUGGCCACGUUUUCGCUCGGAUUUGCCGGUGUCUACUUCCUGCAGCAGAUCGGCCAGCGCUAUCUGCCGUACACUCGCAAGGGUAACGUGCUGGUGGCAACACUCGUAUCUACCGUCGCCGCGUACAAGGUAACAUCCGAUCGUACGCUCGCCUGCCAGGCCCGGUGGAUGGCCAUAGAGGACAAGUACAGUGUGUUGCAGGAAACGCUCGAAUCUACACCGGAAAAGGAGGCUGUGAAGAGUUUCUAACGAC